AAACCGAUGCAUAUGUCCACCACAGAGGGUUACGAAAGAAUGUUACGCAUUGGAUGCGUGACAGGUCGUAAGUGGGUACGGGAAGCUUGCGGGCUAGCGCUGCCUCGCACGCGGAGACCGUCCGUGCCCCCAGGGCGCCUCAAGCCUCCGUUCUCCGUCUCAGAAGCGAGCGACGAGGCAUCGGUGCGCUCGUUCUCAUCCAGCGUCAAGCGUACUCGCAAAAAGAGCCCGGGGCAAGUCCGAUUGAAGAACGAACCAUUGUGCCGCGUGGCGGCCGUGGUUGACUACGGCAACCCCAUGCAAAAUUUAGUCUUAGGAACUGGUGUAUUGGCAACGCAGUGUGAUGGCGCGGCCGUGGGGCGGCAGGGAGGUUGUUUAGUUCUGGGCACAGCGGUCAGUGACAGACAGGCGCCGGCAGGAGCUGGAGAUGACUUCUUACCCUUGGUAGUGGAAUAUCGUGAGAAGGCACAUGCAUUCGGACGCAUCAACAGGAGCGUUAAUCGGCGUGAGGGAGCUCAGUCAGACCAAGAAAUAUUGGCCUCACGAGUUAUAGAUAGGGUGAUACGCCCGCUCUUCCCCGAAGGCUUUAUUUAUGACACACAAGUUGUCACGACGGUU